GCUGCAUUGCUUUAGUCACAAGACAUUACUCUGGUGUGCUGCGUUGCUUUAGUCACAAGACAUUACUCUGGUGUGCUGCUUUGCUUUAGUCAAAACACUCGACUUACAUGUGAUUCUGUAGUCGUCUUGAAAGGAAAACCAUUUAGCCAUGUCCUGUGCUAUGAAAAGUCUGGUGGAGGAUAACGACAGAUACCUGAAGUCCUUCCAGCUGUUCCUGGAGCGCUCCUCUGAACACAAGUGCAUGCAGGACUUUAUCUGUGGUAUCUUGCCUGAUAUUCUAGCCAGCAUUGGAGAGGGAAAAGCCAAUCUUAAUGUGAUGGGAGUGGGAAGUGGAGCAGGUGAGAUUGACCUUGAGAUGUUCUCUCAGCUGCAUCUGAAGCAUCCUUCAGUAACCGUGGACAACCAGGUGGUGGAACCCAGCGCCCAGCAGCUCCACCUCUAUAAGGUGUUGGUGUCCCAGAAACCAAACCUAGACUACAUUAAAUUCACUUGGAACAAGAUGACGGCCACUGAGUUUGAGAAGCACUGGAGAGAGAACCAUUUGACCAAGAAGAUGGACUUCAUUCACAUGAUACAGAUGUUGUAUUACGUGAAGGAUCCAGGUGCUACAGUCACAUUCUACCAAAGCCUCCUGGACAGGAAUGGAAAACUACUUGUAAUUCUGGUGUCUGAUGACAGUGGCUGGGGAAAGCUGUGGAGGACCUUCAGGACCCAGCUGUGUAACACAGAGAUCAGUCAGUGUGUGACUACAGGUGAUAUUAAAGCCUACCUGGACUCUAAGACAGUGAGUUACCAGAACUACAAGCUGCCCUCUCAGAUGGACAUCACCGAGUGUUUCACUGAGGGGGACCAGAGAGGAGAACUGCUUCUGGACUUCCUGACUGAGGUGUUAGACUUCAGCUCCACUGCUCCUCCUGAGCUGAAGAGAGGAGUUCUAGACCUGCUGAAGACCCCAGAUUGUAGCAAGGAGGUGGAUGGGAGGGUCAUCUUCAAUAACACCUUGGAGGUGCUGGUGGUUGACCCUCUACAGUAACACAGGAAUAGAUGUCAUAAUGCUGUAGCAACAAUGUGUAUCACUGAUAAACACGAAGUAUACAAAACAUUAGGAACACUUCCUCUUUCCAUUACAUAGACUGACCAGGUGAAUCCAGGUGAAAGCUAUGAUCCCUUAUUGAUGUUACUUGUUAAAUCCACUUCAAUCAGUGUAGAUG